AUGACCCGUAAACCGCACAUUGCAGCGGUGUGUUGUGCAGAGAAUAUUGCUCUCAAUUACCUUCUCCAUGAAGUUCCUGAACCACCGCAACAAAAGCCCAUCAAAUUCUUUCGAGGUUUCGAAAAGGGGUUCAUACUUCCGUUUUCUAAAGAAAGGGAUCUAGUGGAUAUCCUUUCCUUUCUUGCCAAAACUACAGAUAAGUCGGAUUAUAUUCCUGCCGUGUGUAUUGAGCAGGACCCCAAUGGUGCAGCGCUGAAGGCUCUCCUGGCGAUCAAUAAGAGAACAUAUACAGAUGGAAAUCCGCAACUUCAAUCUCUGAAAGUGGGGUUUGAGAACAUCUUCAACAUACUUCGAAGAUCCUUAUAUGAGAGAGGCACUUCUACGGAGAUCACGAAGCAACUUCUAGAGACGAUAGUGGAAAUGUGCUCUUUUCGAAUUACUUGUCGAUUGCGGCUCACUGGCAAAAAAUUGAAGGAAAAUAAAGCGUCCAUCAAGGACAUUCUGCGAAAGGCGAUGGAGGGUGCUCAACAAAUAAAUCCCCAGAAGCUCCACCAGUCCAACCUAGGAGAAAGCUUGUUGUCAUUCCGAGAGAAGUCCAAGAGAGUGAUCCAGGCCGUCAACGAGUGGUCCAAUCAUCGUAUCCCGUCUCGUGUCAAUGACAUUGUGGAAAAGAUGUACCAAUUGAGCAACGUACAUGGCCUGCAGCAACUCCUUCAUCUGAUACCUUCUGGUUCCACAAGAGUGAUCAAAGAGUCGGCCUUUGCAGCUACGCUACUCAACAUUAUUCAAAAAGUAUCCAGAUAUAAAGAAGCCGCUCGUGCCCUCCAUCGUAUUGCCAAGAAGUUCCCUAUUGUCCGAAACAUCGAGAUUCAUCUGGCAACCCUGCCCGAAGAGGCUUUCGAUCAACCACAUGACCCGGCAUAUUCGCCCAGUCUUCCAGCCGUGCUCGCUCAGUUAGGGAAGAUCAAUGGCAAACAGUACAAUGUCUCUCAGAUUUCUCGAUUCAUAAAAUGUGGGAAGAAUAAGGAUCCGAUUGACCUUUUCUCCCAGAAAACGAGCAGAACUCUUCAAGAGGCCAAGAUACAUGCGGAGAUCCAGCUCAUCGCCUACUGCGAACUUCAAUCGCCUCCGCUGUUCCCCCGGGCCAUCAGUUCCAGCAAGGAUGCUUGUUUUCUACGCAAUGCAUUUAUUCAAAGUCAUGGCAAGAUGCACACGUCACGCACGCAUGGGAGGCUGUACCCUGAUUGGCGACUGCCAAUGCUUGUGUCGUUCAAGACGCUAGAGCAUCGAUUCAAUGAAGUCCUCCUGGACCACGCUCGGCGGACCAUCAAAGCUCGAGCUAACGGUCAAAUGGGUGCUCAUCCAUACCCGAAUGAAAGUACAUUAUUUCCUAUAUUGGUCUCGGCGUCAACAAUAAGCUCUGUGCAGGAUGCAGUCGAUAUCACCCUGGACAGAACGAUUUCUGUUACCAGUGUCUAUCCAGGCUCCGAAAUCGUGGACACUGCGGUCACAGCUGCAGAUUCACUGGAGAGAAAGAAGCUGAGUAGCUGUGUUCUAGCGCCCAGUGACAUGUUUACCGGCGUCAUCUUCCCGACGGCCUCAUCUCCGUUAUUCCAAGCUGGCUCUCUACAUGUUCACCUUGAGAUGGAAGAGAGUUCGACGUCCGAAUCCUCAGCGAAGUGUCUUUUCUACUCCAUUGAAAGAACGACCGUCAACCACGCAACCAAAAUGCCUGUCGAGCCUCUAAUGGUGGACGUUGUAGAACUAGAGAGGGAGAUGACAUAUCCACUACCGGCGAACGGGACGUUCUGCCUCACAGCUCACGAUAUUGCAGUGAAAGUCGUGUGUAAACGAUGA